UAUUGUUCAACUGAAAACGCUCAUCAACCCACCAGAACCCUACGUCUGUUUCUCAGUCUAAGCAACUCUUAAAGGAAAAAAAAGGGAAGAAAAUCCAGACAUGGCAACCAAUGGAGAUGGCGAUCUCAAAAGGAAGCAAGCAAUAGUAUCAUCUCUUUGCAAACACUUCUCUUUAGAUCCCAAGUCUUUUUCAAGUCAAGUCCCCGGAAAUGAUAUUAAGACCCUUUAUACGAGCAUUUUGAAGUCAGCAGGGAAGGAAUCUCCACAAAAUUGUGAUGAGGUGAUGAAGUGGAUAGCUUUUGCAGAGAGCUUUCCCAGUGAUUCUAAGGCAUGCUCUGGUCGUUUGAAUGAAUUAAACGGUGAUUUGGCUCAAAAGUCUGUACUUUUGGGCAAUGGAUUUACACCCUCGGAAGCUGAUGUUUUUGUUUUUUCAGUCAUACAUAGUUCAUUGAUUGGCCUUUCAAAUCCAGAGAAGGAGAAACUGCCACAUUUGAUGCGAUGGAUGGAUUAUAUCCAGAAUAGAGAGGAUCUUGGUGCUCUUUUUGAAAAGAUAUUGCUGGAGAAGCCUGGUUUUGAGCCUCAGAUAGCAAAGCCUGCAGCUAAGCCAGAAGUACAAUCAAAUUCUAAGGAGACAGUUCAAAACACACAAACUGCAAACAAGCCAGAAGCUGAAAAAGAUGCAAAGAAAAGUGAUUCCGGGGAUAACAAGAAAAAAGCCAAGGGAGAUAAGGAAGUCGCUCCAGAGAAGAAGAAAGAAUCUGAAAAAGAAGCAGCUGAAAAAGACAAAGAACUCAGUGUCAGUUUACUGAACAUACAGGUUGGUCUUAUUCAAAAAGCAUGGAAGCAUCCAUCUGCUGAUAGUUUACUGGUUGAGGAGAUAGAUGUUGGAGAAGCUAAAUCGCGACAGGUGGUUAGUGGAUUGGCCAAGUAUUGCAAGCCAGAAGACUUAACGAAUCGUCGAGUUGUGCUGAUCACAAAUGUAAAACCUGGAAAGCUACGAGAUGUGAUGUCAGAGGGACUGGUGCUUUGUGCUUCUAAUGAAGAUCAUUCCGUUGUAGAGCCUUUACUGCCCCCUGAAGGGUCUAAACCUGGCGAACGCAUUUCAUUUUCAGGGAUUGAUGGCAAGCCAGAAGAUGUCCUAAAUCCAAAGAAGAAGCAGUUGGACAAAAUAACACCGAAUCUUUUCACUGAUGAGAAAGGUGUUGCCACAUUCAAGGGUAUCCCAUUUAUGACCUCUGCCGGGCCAUGCACAUCGUCCAUUCCUAAAGCAAGCAUCAAAUGAAUGUUUGAAAUCAGUGUGUUGUUUCUCGUGAUCAGUAUGGAAGGAUUUUGUUGCUUCUGCUUUUAAUCUGAACCUGUUAAUCUAGAAAAUUAAGCAAAGAAUAAGGGAAAAAAGUUUCUUAACUAGUUUGAAUCUUGAUUGUUCA